CAAACGUUUGCACGAUGAGCAACGCCUUUUUGUAGGUAGGCAGUGAUGAGACUGCCUCACAAUCGCUUCACGUCUCGGCCAUGGAGCCCAAGAGCUGCCUGGUCUGUCGCAAACGCAAGGUCAAAUGCGACCGCAACCCAGGGUCGUGUCGCAAAUGCGACAAGUUCGGGGCACAAUGCGCCUACGCGGCGGCGACGGCGGCCGAGGAGGAGCCCAACAACAGCAACAACAAGACACGUAGCGCGGCCUCCUCCUCCUCCUCCUACUCCUCCUCGUCCCAUUAUUCUUCCUCGCCAGCGUCACGGCGUCCGGGCGGCAGUGGCGGCAACCAAGCCAUCACAAAGGCCGGCCUCGCGCGGCGCCGCACCUCCCGGUCCUGCAUCGAGUGCCAGCGGACCAAGGCCAAGUGUUCGGGCGAGGCCCCGUGCUGCGGCAGAUGCGGCACGCGGGGCCUGCCUUGCCGCUAUCGUGACGCGGCGGGUAGCGGCGGCGGCGGCGACAACGGCGCAUAUCAUGAGGCCCCGCGCGCUUCACCAUCCCGCGCCCUCGUCGAUGCCCCCUGGAUGCCGCCGCCGUGGCUGCUGUCGCGCAGCUUGCCGUCCGUCCAUCGCGUGCGCCGACUGCUGGACGUGUACUUUUCCCUCGUCCACACCGUCCGGUGCCUAGGGUUCCUGCACAUCCCGACGUUUAUGGAGCGCUUCCGGGAGGACAACGACGAGGAGGAGGAGGGGGUCGCAUACCAACAAGACUCGUCGGGACUCGUCCACGUCAUGUGUGCGCUCGCCGCGCCCUUUUACUGCGCCCACAUCACCGCCUCUUCCUCUUCCUCCUCUUCUUCUGCGGACGAAGACGACGGCAGCCUCCCGCCGGGCACGCGCUUCCACGAGGCCGGACGGGGCUGGGCGGCGUCCGCCAUGGAGCACCUGCUGGCCAACUUUGGCAGCGCCGCCGUCGAGUGCCUCAUGGCGGCGGUGCUGCUGCACGAGCACCACCUGCGGGUGGGCGAGCACGCCAAGGCCCUGCUCGUGUCGGGCAUCGUCGCGCGGCACGUGCAGAUCCUGCAGCUCAACGUGGAGCACGACGACGACGUGCUGUGCGAGCGGCGGCGGCGCCAGGAGGGCCCCGGCGCUGCUGCUGCUGGUUCUGCUGGUUCUGCUGCUGCCGGUGCUGCCGGUGCCGCCAUGUCGAUGAACUGGGCCGUUGUCAAGGAGUCCCGGCGGAGGCUCUUCUGGGCGUGCUACCUGCAGGACGCCUUCAUCGAGUGCGGCAUCGACCAGCUGAGGUUCAUAUCCGCCGACGACGCGCAGGUCCAGCUGCCCUGCCGCGAGGACGACUUCAUCAGGGGCACGCCGCGCGUCACGGAGAUGCUGCGCCGGGGCACGGUCCUGCCGUUUGUUGUCGACGAGAGAAGGGACAACGACGGCGACGACGUGAGGGACCUUCGUCGUUGUCAUCAUCAUCAUGAGGGCGGCAGCAGCGGCAGCAGCGGCGCGGCGAACCUCGACCUGAGGGCGUUUUACAUCCGCGCCAUGUGGACGCGCUCGCGGGUCCUCAAGUACGUCAAGCACCUCGACGGCGACGUCCCCUGGAGCGCCAAGCACGACUCGCGCUUCCAGCAGCUCGACGCGGAGCUCGCAGACACGGAGGCGUCCAUCCCCGACGCCCUGCGCAUGACGCCCGCCAACGUCUACCUGUACAAGGCGUCGGGCCGCCUCAACGUGUUCUUCGGGCUUCACAUCGUGCUCGCGCAGACGUUCAACGACCUCUACCGCGUCGGCGUCUCGGGCCUCGUCUUCCCCCCCUCGGCGACGACAUGGAUCCGCGACAACGCGCCGCCCGACUUCCUCGCCCGCUGCCACCGCGUCUGCGCGGCCAAGGCGGCCCACAUCGCCGGCCUGCUGGACGACCUGUACAGGUGCCACAGGGAGAGCAUGGUGGACGUGCCGUUCGCCAUGCACGCGCAGGUGUGUAGCGGCGUGCUGGUCACGACGCUCGCCUCCUGGAUGAUGAUGGGGCGGCGGCGCUUAGACGACAUCGCACAGCCGCUGCUGCCGGGCCGCCGGGUGUUUGACGACGACUACGCGCGCAUGCUGGAGAGCAACGUGCGGGUGCUGCGACACCUGCGGCGCUACAUGAAGGUGGACCUGUUCGUCGAGUCCGCGACGCAGGCUCUCAAGCGCUUCGAGAAACUGAGGGAGAAGCAUCAGCAGCAGCAUCAACAGCGUAGUCGGAACGAAGGAGGGGCCGGGCCGGGCGACGAGGACGGAGAGCAGCCGGCCCACGACGGCGAGACCGUGCAGCACCCGCGGCAGUUUUCGCUGGACUACAUCCUGAACCCGCUGGGCGUGUAUCCCAUUGCGCGGACGCAGGCCAGCGAGAGGCACAAGCCCGAGGAGUUUGCCUCUGCUGCUCCUGCUCCUGCUCCUGCUCCUGUCGCGCGGCCGUUGACACCGAGCAGCGCCACGGACCCGAGGGGGCAGCAGAGCGCCGAGGAGCUGAUGGUGCUGGAUGACGCAUUUCGCGGCAGUGCUGGCACAUGGGACUGGUCGCAGGUGCCGUUCUUGGAGAACAUGGGAUACCCGAUGUUUCUCGAGAAUGAUGGCCUGGAGCACGGCGCUCUGUUGUACAACGGAGGAGCCGCUGGUAUGAUGCAGCUAUAGCUCAAGAGCAACUGGUGUAUCUGCUCUGACCCAGUGGGAUGUCACCAAUGUAGCUGAAGGCAACGGACGGUUUCUCAUAACGAAUGGCCGACGUGGUUCAGCUAACAGUUGAGUAUACGAUGGGUUGACAUGUCCCCCGCGUCAAGUGUGUGACCGUCCGUGGCGGACUUUUGCCAUCGAUGUCGGCAGCCAAUGUAUGUAGAAUUGAGG